AUGAUCUUUGCUGGGCUUACAAGUUUAUUACUACUGACUAAUUUCUAUGCAGGCUCAUUUAGUUUAGUUGGAACAAUACUUGGUUUAAUAGCCCUAGUUUUGUUUCUAUUACCCAUUAUAAACGCUUAUUUUAUUGGCCAAAAAUUACCAUCUGAUUUGGAAAAAGCUUUUCAACAAAUGAAACAUGUUACAAUUAAAAACGAUCAAAAACUUAUUAAUAGACCUUUUAACAUCUUUAAACUCUUACAAACUAUACCAAAAGUAUCGUUUCGUACAUUAACAUAUGUCACUUAUGAUGAUGCUACUUUAACUUUGGAUUUCUAUGGAUCAGUCGUAACAGGUAAACGACCUUGUGUGAUUGUCACACAUGGUGGUUCUUGGACUAGUGGUAACAAUAAACAAUUGCCAGAACUCAAUAGUCAUCUAGCACAAGCAGGCUAUCAUUGUGCAGCUAUUAAUUAUCGUUUAGCUCCACGAUGGAAAUGUCCUGCUCCAAUAGAAGAUACUACUGCUGCCUUAACUUACUUACGUCAACAUGCCAAUGAAUUGAAUAUUGAUCAAAAUAAUUUCGUAUUACUUGGUCGAUCAGCUGGUGGACAAAUAGCAUUAUUAACAGCUUACACACUUCAACAAUCUAGUAUCAAAGGUGUCAUCGACUUUUAUGGUCCAGCAGAUAUGAUUUGGGGAUAUAUGACACCAACUAAUCCAUUAGUGUUGAAUUCACGACUAACAUUAGCUAAAUAUGUUGGUGGUGAUUAUUUCGAAAUGCCAGACAAAUAUGCAGCUAGUUCACCAAUUGAAUUUGUUAAUCGGCAAACUGUACCUACUCUUAUUUUUCAUGGUCUCACUGAUUCACUCGUAUUCGAUGAACAUAGUCAUCGUCUUGCUGCUAAAUUACAUCAAAAUGAUGUACCACAUUAUUAUCUUGAAUUACCAUGGGCAACACAUGGCUUUGAUUACAAUCUAAAUGGUCCUGGUGGACAACUGUCAACCUAUGCAAUCGAAUAUUUUCUUAAUGUCGUUACUAGUCGACAAUAG